AUGUCUUCGCACAAGUCAGAUGUUCGGUCCAAUGUUUGGGCCCAGCUAAUCAAGGUCGCCCGUCCGGACUCGAGGUUCCAUUUCAACUUUGCCGAGUUUAUUGCGGAUUUCGAGGGCUCUUCUGAGGCCACCUCCAGAUUCAAAAGAGAGCCCUCAUACAGUGAAUCCAAGGUGCUCUUCAUCACCCCAGACAAUUGUCUUGAAGAGCUCAGGUAUGAGGCCCUUAAAGAUGGUAAAACUGUGCUCAUGACAACAUACGGCAUCUAUAGAGGCUUUUGGAUACUUGACCCAAGCGAAAUCGAUCCGCAAAGAUACGAGUAUGCUUCAACCCUAGAUGGUAUGGAGAAGGUAGGCAAACAGGUGACGUUGAGACAACUGAUGGACAUGAAACUUCAUGUAGAUGUGAUGAUCACGGGAACUGGUGCAAUUAACAAAAAAGGUAUUAGAUUUGGCAAAGGACACGGGUUUUUUGAUUGUGAAUGGGCGAUGUUGUAUACUAUUGGUUGCAUCAGCAAAUCCACCCCGGCAGUUGCGUUUGUGCAUGAUUGUCAGCUUUUGGAACAAGAGCUUCAGCCAGAGAUUUUUGACACUGUCUGCGACAUUGUUGUCACGAACACGCAGACUAUAAAAGUGAACCCGGUUCCUAAGCCAUACUGCGGAAUCCUAUGGGAUUUACUAGACCCACAGAUGUAUGAAUCUAUUCCGCCAUUGCAGGAACUCAAGGCUAUGAAUCUUUCUGUUCCAAAUUAA